CCUCAACCACCUUUCAUUGGUAAAAGUUCAAUAUUUUGAUGCUCUCAGCAUUCUUCUUUUCCGGGCGCCAGGUCUUUGCGGGCAAAUUUUUCUUCAUCAAAAAAUGAAGCUUGCACUUGCCGACCACCAAAAAAGCGACCGUUCAUGGCCACAUACGCCUUUACCGCGCUUUCCUGACGUUCAAAAGCAACGAAAGUUCGAACACGUUCCUCUUCAGGGUAUGAAUUAUCAUUUACCUUAA